GGGGCAGCAUUUGGAUUUAGUACUAUAGCAGCUCAGGCUGGUGAACAGUUAGCACCCUUUCUACCACAAAUGGUACCAAAACUUUAUAGAUACCAGUUUGAUCCCAACCCUAAAAUACAGCAAGCUAUGAGUAGUAUCUGGAAUGCUCUUGUUAAAGAUAACAAGAAAACGGUGAGGGAAAUCACUUGUUUAGCUGUCAAUGAUUUAUUACGUGGUAGAAAUAUUGAUGAUAUUAUUGAGCAACUACCAGAAUUGUGGCAGACAUUAUUACGGGUCAGAGAUGAUAUUAAGGAAUCUGUACGAACUGCUGCCCAUACAGCCUGUAAAACUCUUAGUAGAGUGUCUGUUAAAAUAUGUGAUAUUAAUAAUGGUAAAGUAGGAGAAAGAGCUAUACAGUCAGUAUUACCCUGUUUAUUAACUAAUACUUUAAAUAGUACAGUGAAAGAAGUUAGACAAAUUGGAUUAUCAACUAUAUUAGAUAUCAGUAAAAACUCUGGUAAAUUAUUAAAGCCACAUAUACCAGUGGAAGCUAUAUCAAAUGAAAUGUUAAACAAUCAGCCAGCAAUACAUCAGAUAACUGACUGUGUUUUGAAAGAAUGUAGAAAAGAAAAGAGUGACUAUAGAUUAGAGGCAUGGAAAUGUAUGUCAGCUGUAUUAGAAGAAUAUGAAAUUGAUAAAUUUCAAGAUAUGUGGGAUAUCAUGAUACCUGUUUUACAAAAGGUAAAUCUUAAUCAGUGUGACAAUAAAGAGAAAGAUGAUGAUGAAGCUAUAAGUAGUAAUUUAAAAGAAAGCAAUAGAGAAUGUAUAUAUUUAUGUUUAGGACAAUGUUGGCCAUAUACAUCCUCUGUACAAGAUGAUUAUAAGAAGAAGUUAUUAGAUUUACUACUAUCAUCAUUACCUCUCAGUACAUGGAAAGUACAAGUCUCAAUUUUAAAAUCUUUAAAUACAUAUAUUGAGAGAUUACAUGUAUUACAGAAAGAUAAGAUCAGAUCUACUGUCAGAUGA